AUGAGAAAUAGCAAUACUGAUAUUCGUGGACCCAAAACAACAUCCACUAUGGAGGCCCCCAUUAAUUUUAUACAAGAUGGUCCUCAUCUACCGAAUAUGCCUCUUUCUGAUGAAGAAUUUCCAAUUAGGACCCAAUUUGGUCUCAUGAAUGAAAGAGUAGAUGUAUUAAGUCGAAGGUUCGACGAAUUAGAGACAACACUAGUUUCGAAAGACUCAUCGCUGCUGAAGUCCAUUCAAGAUUUAUUCACCAUUUUAGAGAUUAUACUAAACAACUAUUCUACCUUAGAAAGGGAAAUGGAGGAAUUCAAGAAAAACCAGACUAAGAUAGACAUGCGAGCAAUAAAGAGACUUGAAAAAAUAUACCUCGAUCUUUCAUCGCCUAAAGAUGAAAAUGUGAAUUCUAAUAAGUACGUAUACAAUACAGAAAAACAGACGGUAUUACACAAUGAAUCAUCUUUGAAUUCUUCAGAUAUAGACCUUGCAUCAAGUUAUAGAUCCGAUGAUGGGCAACAUAGUUAUGCGAAUGACUCAAAUCAGUCAAUCAAAAGUCAUAUCUCUGAAGAUCAAAAUCCUUCAUCUACAGAGAACGUUCCACGAUUAAUCCAUAAAAAGGGUUCUGUAUCAGUAUCAUCCGAGGGCAUGACCGAAAACAUGGAAUUGGAACCAGUUCGAAUAGUAGAGAAUAAAGUUCUACAGAAUUUAGAUAAUAGGUCUGCCAUAGAAAAUAAAGGCUUGAUUGCUGGAAAAACGAAUACAGUUGGCAUUCCAAUAAUAUCUCAAUCAUCAAGCGAGGAAGAACCAUAUAAUGAACAACAGCAGGUUUAUCAACAUGAAGCCAAUAGAGCAAAUUGCCAAGAUGAAAUGGAAAUUAUUAACAUUUCACUAAAAGAUGAAGACAGCAAUGAAGUAGUUCCAUCAAAUGAUAAUAGCGAAAUUACACGGAUUGUACCAAGGACAGACCCGGAGUCGACCCCAUCCAUUAAAAAUGGACCAAGAAAAAUUUCAAAGAAAUCAUUACCUUCAAAAUCUAAAAAUAAUGAUAAAUCUUUGAAAGGGAAGCUCACAUCUUCACUUAACCAUGUUAGCGAGUCUGAUUUAUCAGGUAACUCGGAAGAAGAGAUUCCUGGCGCAUCUAUGCUAGGGACACCAACAAAUAGUAGUUCAACAGGAAAAUCAGAGAACGGAACACAGUUAAGCAAAUUUCAUUUAGCCACUGAUGCCGCAUUCAACGAUUUCUUCGCCGGUAACAUUCCAAAGAAAGUCAGUAGCGACUAUGAUUUUUCAAAUCUGUUGGAACAUAAAGCAGUUAAAACACCUCAUAAGGUUAGAAAGAUAACUAGUCCUAAGAAAAACAAGGUUCCUACAAUUGAAAAUGAAAACAGUGCUGUGUUUUCCUCACUGAAUUACAAAGAUCAAGUUACCCCUUCUAGUCGUAGAACUACUUCUCUCACUUUAACUAAAAAAUCUAAAGAUACUGAUGGUCAUCUGAUCGAGAAAGCGGAUAUCAAAUAUCCUCAACCUACAAAAAUGCAAACAGAAACAGCCUCAUCUGAUGAGGCCAUCUCGGCAGGAAGUAUCCGUUUUACUAAACCAAGAAAAGAAAAUGAAGAAGUAAAUCACAUAGUGCAAACCCCAAUUAAUGUCAAGAAUUUGAAUGGUACACAAGGAUUUGAUGGACUGAAAUCAUCACAGGCUCCUAAAACUGCAGUUGUUGGCUCAGAUAUAGGUAAACCGUCUAAAGAAAGAGACAGCAAGAGAACUACGAAGUCUAUUGGCUUUGUUUCGCAAAGAUGGUCUGUUAUUGACGGAUAUUUAUUGGAAAAGGUAGCUGGGAAAUGCUUUAUAAGAGACUAUGGCAAUAUUGCUCACAGAUUGAGAACUUAUGAAAAAAUGAAACUUAGCAACUACAAGUUAUUGAGCCUAUCAAGUAUAAGGUUGCAAUAUCCAAAUACCGAUCUUGUUCCAUGCUCCUCUAAAGAAUUAUUUGCUCAGAGCCAUCUUGAGGUAAAAAAGUUUGUUCGCACAGAUGAAGGCUUCAAGCUCUUGAGUAAGUCGGUGAGAAGAAAGGCUAGAAGAGACGCAAUCGAAUUUACUGUGAUUCCGAUUCGAUAUAGGAGCGGUCCAGAGAAGUAUUUCUACUUUCAAGAGAACAAAUCACUUCAAGAAAAGGCUUCCAAUAAUACUGUUGCCGAGAAAAACUCUUCACUCGAUAUUAUUAAUGAUGGUGAUGGAAAAACUGUUAUAACCAAUUCUAACUUUAAUGAUUUUUUAGAAGACGAGAAUAUUCCAUUGAGCCAGUCACGUAGACCUACAGUUCCAGAAAAGAAAUCGAUAAGAGCAAGAAGCAAGUUUGAUGCUGCUCCUUUAGAUUAUCAGACGAAUACCGACGAAAUAAAGGAUGCUGAAGAAAAUACCGUAAGCACGGCUCUCAAAGAUUUGGAUAUUGCUGAAGUAGAGCACGAAAUCGAUGGACGUACUUAG